ACGCGACUUCCCCUUACGAGAUACGGGCUCCGUUCCUCCAGAUCCCGCCUUUGUGUGUGUGUGAGAUGAGCGUCAAGGGUCUGUCGGGGUGGCACGCGACCAACGCCAAGCAAUUCGGGCAGGAUAGAUGGAGAUCUCUCUAUGCUGGUACGCACCUACGCCACAUCACGUCCAAUCACUCUGUUUCCUGUUGGCGGUGCAGCUCUGUGGAGUCCCAAGAGCCACGCGGCCUUGGUAAGCCCCUUCGAGAGGCAUGCAGAUGAGCUCGUGAGGAGGAGAGGCAUGCAGCCCAUCGAAGGCGUUCCUUUCUGCUGGGUGGAGCACGGCCAGAGCAAUGGUGCUGAGGGCGCAGAAGCCGCCGGCAGCCGACAAGACGAACAAGGGGUCAUCUACUGGCUGGGUACGUGCGUGGGAGAGUUGGAGGGAGGGCGGAGUGAGGGUACUCAUAUGUGCGUGUGUUGUGUGUAGACGCUGCUUCGGCGGCAUCGUUGUUCUUCCUUCCCCUCCCUGCCGGCCCGUCAACUGUCCUCGAUAUGUGCGCGGUAGCAGACGCACAGACAGACAGACAGACAGACAGGCAGACAGCGAGGGAGAGAGAAAUGAACUCUCAUAUAAUUCUCUCAUUUGCGUGAUGCAUGGAUGGGUGGAUGUGCGUAUGUGUGCUGUAAGUGUGUGUAGGCCCCCGGUGGGAAGUCAUUGGUUCUCGCCAGCCGCAUCUUCGCUUCUGCUGCUCCUGCCAUGGCUGGUGCUGAUGCAGAGGGCACCCCAGAUGCCCAUGAUCAUGGUCAUGGCCACAGGACAGCAACAACAGGUCGGCUGGUGUGCAAUGAGCACAGCCGCCCGCGACUGGACCGCUUGGCCGCUACCUUGAGGGCAUUCCUGCCGGCGGAACUGCUCGACCACGGCCAAUGCGUCACAUUCACCAAUGAUGACGCCGCAAACCCACGGCAAGUCGGUAAGCCCAACACACACAGGAAGGAAGCACACACAGAGCACACAGAAAGAGGGGGGGGGUGUAAUGCUAAUGCAGCGUUGCUAGCUCCUUUUGACGGUGUGCUGCUGGACGCGCCAUGCACAUCUGACCGACAUCUGCUGCACAGCGGACCAAGCGGACUCGCCAAAUGGGCCUCAGGUCAGUCAGUGGCAGCACACGCACAUUGAUGGAUGACCCACAUCACAUCAGACGUGUGCGUUUGUGUGUCUGUCAGGGACGCCCAAGGGCCAUGCCGAUCGUCAGCUGCGGCUUGCCACGGCGGCACUCGGCAUGCUCAAACCGGUCAGCCAGCCAGCCAGCCAGCCAGUCAGUCAGGGCACACGAAUGGGUCAGUAGUGGACGGCUCGAUGGAUGGAUGGAUGGAUGUGUGAUGUGUGUGUGUCAGGGGGGCCAUCUGCUGUACUCCACAUGCGCCCUCUCUGAGGUGGAGAACGACCAAGUGAGCGACGCCCCUCUCCUUCUCCUCCUGUGUAUGUGUAUGUGUACGCGUGUGCGUGACGGUCGAUCUAUCAGGUGAUAGAGAGGUUGCUGUCGCGUGCCGCCAGGGACCCCUCGUGUGUGCAGUGCGAGGCCGUCACCCCCACACAGAUGAUGGACAUGUACAAGGCACACAUAAGUCCACAUACACGUCCACCAGAUGGAGACGCACAAGGGGGAGAUUGCAUGAGUAGUACAAAGAGUGUGGGAGUGCGGGUGUGUUGGGAGGCCACGCGUGUGGGUGUCGUGUGCCUGCCGGACAGAUCUAUGGGGUGUGGGCCGCUCUAUGUGGCACUCGUCAAAAGGGCCAAGUAGCACAGAC